AUGAGAGGACAGCCAACAGGAGCACGGCUAGAGCAGCGCCUCGGGAGUCGGCGUGGAGACGACCCGGACGGGGGCUGCAGAGAGCCGGCACAGGGGACCCUGUACGGGCGACGAGACAGACCCACGAAUCUUGACGGCACAGUGUCGCGGGGAGGAGCGGCUCAGGGCCCCUCGGGUGCGCCCCCAAGUCCAUUGUGCAGAGUGCGGAGCGGGCGGCGAGUCCUCCGUCAGCCGACUGUGAAGAAGCAGUCUGCGUGCAAAGCGUCCCCGGUCACCGACGGACGCCACACAAAGGGGCGAAGCGCUGACGCAGCUGCAGGGCCUGCGAGCCUCGGAAACGGCGCUCAGUGA